AUGGCCAAAGACAGGCGGCCAGCAUUAUCCUGCCAGCAAUGUCGAAACCCCAUAGACAUCGAUGCCUCGAUAGACCAGCUCAACCCUGCUGCCUUCAAGCUUCUCACAGAUUCCACAGUCCCAGGACAACAACAAAUAGCAAAGCACACGCCUACCCGCCAGUCCCGACCAACAUACCCCUCUUCUCGCCAGCAAACCUACGAAGCCGCCAUACAAUCCGCUCGAAAUCCGACCUUCCGACGAAAUGUACCUCCCUCACGGCACGGCCAACAUGGCGCACAGAACACGGCAAUGUCCUUCAUCAACGUGGACGUAUCUGAAUCCAUGAUGGCAACACCAUCUUCACCGCCAGGCGCAUCGCGGACACCAGAACGUCCGGCAUCCGCACAGUCGACUGCUCCAGAGUUGACACGACGAGCAAGUGCAGCAGGGAACAGUGGCUCCAUAGGCGGAGGCAGCCUCGCAGACGCCCUCGAGACCACAAACCGCAUGUUCGAGAUCCUCUCUUCGCGCUCAGACAUCGACCACCCCAUCUGCGUAGAGUGCACGGAGCUCCUGAUCGAAGGUCUGGGAAAGCGUCUAGCAGUCGCGGUAAAAGAACGCGAUGCAUACGUCCACUAUCUCCGGGUCGCCAACACCGACGUGCCCAGCGGCGAAGAAAUCAAAGCCGCAGAGACAGCCCUCAAGCAAGCGAAAAAAGCCGAAACCAAAGCCCUCGCUGAGCUAGAGAAGCUAGAAGCGCAGAAAGCAGAGCUUGAUGCCGCGCUCGCAGACGAAGAAGUCCAAGCCCGCGCUUGCGACAAGGAAGAAUCCGCCUUCUGGCAAGACCGCAACGCCUUCGCCAUCACACUGAAUGAGUUCCAAAGCGAGCGCGACGCACUGUUGGUGAAACACGCGCACGACACCGAAGUCCUGCGCCAGCUCCAGCGCAGAAGCGUAUACAACGACACCUUCAAUAUUACGCACGACAACCACUUCGCCACCAUCAACGGCCUGCGCCUCGGCCGCCUCAACAAUCCAUACGUCGACUGGCCCGAGCUAAACGCCGCAUGGGGCCAGACAUGUCUCCUGCUCGCCACGCUGGCUGAGCGUCUGCAGUUCAAGUUCAGCGGGUACGAAUUGUGUCCCAUGGGCUCGACCUCUACGAUCAUCCGCCUCGAGCACAAACCCGGCCCUUCGACUGCAGAUGCGCGGAACGCGUCCUCCCCCAGCGUUAGCAGACACAAACUUGAGCUGUACUCCUCAGGCGACUUCCCCAUCAACUUCGGCUUCACGCACCGUAAGAUCGACGCCGCGAUGGUCGCCUUCCUCGAGUGUCUCCGCCAGCUGGGCGAGUUUGUAGAGGCCCAGGGCCCGCACACUGCAGGCGGACUGGGAGGCGUGGGCAACGGAGGUGGAGGGAUGAGCUUGCCGUAUGCGAUCCGGAAGGAUAAGAUUCACGAUCAGAGUAUCAAGCUGAGCGUGAGUAAGGAUGAGGCGUGGACAAAGGCGUGCAAGUAUACGCUUACGUGCUGUAAGUUUCUGCUGGCGCAUGCGAAUAAUGUGGAGAGCAGUGCUGUGAGGAGGGGGAGGUAG